AGGAAGCGCUGAAACAACCCCUGUGUGGGUGAGCGUGUGGUCCGGGGCCCAAGUGCCGAGCGUAGGCCGGCUAGCGCGAGGCGUGGAGUUGAGAAGACAGUUAUUCUGCCUAGGAUGCCAAGAGGGUUCUCUGCGCCCAGGAGUGCCACGCCUGCCCGAUUUUCCGCGGUUUUUAAGGAGUAGCGCUUCGGUAGCCGGGAAACUGGAGGAUUGAACCAGCUGCCCUUUGACCCUGCCAACAACAACGAGCCCCUGCAGUUUGGUAGUGCCAGUGGCCCUCUGGUCACAGAAGGCCUCAUUGAAAAUGGAGGGGACUCAAGCAAGAAAAGAAAGAGAACAAAUGCUCCUUCAGCUGAUAAUAAUAGACCUCUGAAUGUAGAGUCUACUGCAAUGACACUACCUAUGUCUGAUCCAACUGCAUGGGCCACAGCAAUGAAUAAUCUUGGAAUGGCACCACUGGGAAUUGCUGGACAACCAAUUUUACCUGACUUUGAUCCUGCCCUUGGAAUGAUGACUGGAAUUCCACCAAUAACUCCAAUGAUGCCUGGUUUGGGAAUAGUGCCUCCACCAAUUCCUCCAGAUAUGCCAGUAGUAAAAGAAAUCAUACACUGCAAAAGCUGCACACUCUUCCCUCCCAACCCAAAUCUCCCACCUCCUGCAACCCGAGAAAGACCACCAGGAUGCAAAACAGUAUUUGUGGGCGGUCUGCCUGAAAACGGAACAGAGCAGAUCAUUGUGGAAGUGUUCGAACAGUGUGGAGAGAUCAUUGCUAUCCGGAAAAGCAAAAAGAACUUCUGUCACAUUCGCUUUGCUGAGGAGUACAUGGUGGACAAAGCCCUUUAUCUAUCUGGUUACCGAAUUCGCCUGGGCUCUAGUACUGACAAGAAAGACACAGGUCGGCUCCACGUUGACUUUGCACAGGCACGAGAUGACCUAUACGAGUGGGAAUGUAAACAGCGCAUGCUAGCAAGAGAGGAGCGCCACCGGAGACGGAUGGAAGAAGAGAGACUACGUCCACCAUCCCCACCCCCAGUGGUGCACUACUCAGAUCAUGAAUGCAGCAUUGUUGCUGAAAAACUGAAAGAUGAUUCCAAAUUCUCAGAAGCAGUGCAGACCUUGCUCACCUGGAUAGAGCGAGGGGAGGUGAAUCGUCGUAGUGCCAACAACUUCUACUCCAUGAUCCAGUCAGCCAAUAGCCAUGUCCGUCGCCUGGUGAAUGAGAAAGCUGCCCAUGAGAAAGACAUGGAAGAAGCCAAGGAGAAGUUCAAGCAAGCCCUGUCUGGAAUUCUCAUCCAAUUUGAGCAGAUAGUGGCUGUGUACCAUUCCGCCUCCAAACAGAAGGCAUGGGACCACUUCACAAAAGCCCAGCGUAAAAACAUCAGCGUUUGGUGCAAACAAGCUGAGGAAAUUCGCAACAUUCAUAAUGAUGAAUUAAUGGGAAUCAGGCGAGAAGAAGAAAUGGAAAUGUCUGAUGAUGAAAUAGAAGAAACAACAGAAACAAAAGAAACUGAGGAAUCAGCCUUAGUAUCACAGGCAGAGGCUCUCAAAGAAGAAAAUGACAGCCUCCGUUGGCAGCUAGAUGCCUAUCGCAAUGAGGUAGAAUUACUCAAGCAAGAACAAGGAAAAGCCCACAGAGAAGAUGACCCAAACAAGGAGCAGCAGGUGAAACUCCUGCAACAGGCCCUACAAGGAAUGCAGCAGCAUCUCCUCAAGGUCCAAGAGGAAUACAAAAGGAAAGAAGCUGAACUGGAAAAAAUCAAAGAUGACAAGUUACAGGUGGAAAAAAUGUUAGAAAAUCUUAAAGAAAAGGAAAACUGUACUUCUAGAUUGUGUGCAUCAAGCCAGGAAAGUGACUACCCUCUUGAGAAGACCAUGAAUGGCAGUCCUAUCAAAUCUGAACGUGAAGCACUGCUAGUGGGGAUUAUCUCUACAUUCCUUCAUGUUCACCCAUUUGGAGCAAGCAUUGAAUACAUCUGUUCCUACUUGCACCGUCUUGAUAAUAAGAUCUGCACCAGUGAUGUGGAAUGCCUCAUGAGUAGACUCCAGCAUACCUUCAAGCAAGAAAUGACAGGAGUUGGAGCCAGUCUGGAGAAGAGAUGGAAAUUCUGUGGGUUUGAGGGCUUGAAACUGACCUGAAUUUCUUUGCCUGCCAACCUGGGAUCCUGAAAAUAAAUAUGUGUUGGACAAGGUUAGGAAGUAAUUUGUAUUUUCAAUGAAUUUCAAGUGGAAUUUGCUUUAAAUUUGUCAGUUCAUUCCUGGACUAUCUCUUGAGUUACAAUAAGGAUCCUAGAACAGCACCACGAGCUACAGGUCCUAAAAAAUUGCCUCAAACUUCAAGUGCUGUAACUCCCUCCCUUCUGCCAAUUGGUUGUCUUUUCUUACUAGUAGUAUUGAAAAAGUCCUGAGACUAAAAAAGUAUUUGGAGUGUUUUCAGUGUCUGUACUGCUGUUGUAGACCUCGGUAUUUUUUAAAAACCCUGUUAACUGAAAUGUUUUAAUGAUUUGUAUGUGAUUUGUGUUUCCAAACUUUUCAUGUUAAUGUUGCUGCUAGCGGCAAUAGGAAUAACAGGUGUGCUAAGUACUCUGUGUAACUGCCAUUGUCUUUCCAACCCCUAGUAGACCAGUAAAUGAAUAACAACACAUCAGCGUCUUCUAGAUGGUGCUUACCAGGUUGACCUUUGAAACAAGAAAGCAUGGUGUGUGGCUUUUUGUAAAAUUACUCUGAACCAAAAGUUGACAAAUGUUCCAAAGUUAUUUUCUCCAGUAGAUAAAAAGGUCUAUUUCAGAAUUUAAAAAAAUAAAAAUAUAUGUCUUCACAGAAAGCAA